AUAGUUGUCGUUUAGUGAUAAGCGGAGAAGGUUGAACUUGCUUGCAGUUGCAGCGUUGGCACUCAUAGUCAUCAUGCUUCCUUAACUUGACCUACUACCAACGCCGCCUUAAUGUCUCUUUUAUUUUCAUUACAUUUUCCUAUCUUCUAGUACUAUUCCGUUCCAUCAUUAAUCUUCUUCUUUUUUUCUUUAUUAUAUUAUUUUUUCAACCAAUGGGGUGUUGAUUUUGGACUUUUUCUUCUCAAAUUUUCAAUCUUUGCUCUCUCUCUCUCUCUCUCUCUCUCUCUCUUUUAACUACCAUAUUUUUUUCCCUUCUCUCAAUAGGGUGUUCUGUUUCUAUUUCAGUUCCUGAUUUGGAUUAACUGAGCUACCACUGAAUUUUUAUUUCAUUUUUGAUAUGGGGGGUCUUUGUUCCAAGUCUGCAAAAGGUGACAAGGCGUUUGCCAACCAGGAAGAACAUUAUGAUAACAAAAAAUCUGGUGGUAAUAAGAAUCACAAACACACUAGGGAUUUGAAUUUGACUAGUGCAAAGGAGGGAAUUGAUAAUAACAUAAAGGAAGAGGAAGCUGUUGUUGCUGUUGUUGUUGCUGCAGGGGGAACUAGUCCUGAUGAUUACUAUGAUGGAAUUCCACGCUAUGCUGAUUCUUUUUCACACGAGUCUAGGUCAGUAAGAUCAAGGCAAGCUGCUGUGGCUAAGGUCUCAGUUGUGAGUUCACGCCUGGGCAGAGUUGGCACUAAAGGAUUCGGGAAAGCGGUUGAUGUUUUGGACACGCUUGGGAGUAGCAUGACAAAUUUAAAUUCAGGCGGCGGGUUUGCAUCUGGAGCUGUUAUAAAGGGGAAUGAAGUUGGCAUUUUAGCAUUUGAGGUUGCAAACACUAUUGUCAAAGGUUUUAGUCUCAUGGAAUCUCUUUCUACAAAAAAUGUUAAACAUUUGAAAGAAGAAGUGCUUAAAUUAGAGGGUAUGCAAGAUUUAGUAUCAAAGGAUAUGGAUGAACUUUUAAGGAUUGUUGCUGCAGACAAGAGGGAUGAAUUGAAAGUAUUUUCUGAUGAGGUGAUUCGUUUUGGAAAUCGUUCGAAGGAUCCUCAGUGGCACAACUUGGAUCGAUAUUUUGAGAAAAUUAGCAGAGAACAUAAUUCUCGACGACAAACGAAGGAAGAGGCAGAAUUAUUAAUGCAGCAAUUGAUGAGCUUAGUUCAAUUUACCGCGGAAUUAUACCAUGAGUGGCAUGCUUUGGAUAGAUUUGCACAGGAUUAUCAGCAUAAGCGUGAAGAGGAGGAUAAUUCAGGUGCAUCUCAAAGCGGUGAUAGCCUUUCAAUCUUGAAGGCAGAACUUAGAAGUCAAAAGAAGCAAGUUAAGCACUUGAAGAAGAAGUCACUCUGGUCCAGAAGUAUGGAAGAGGUUAUGGAGAAGCUUGUAGAGAUAGUCCACUUUUUGCAUUUGGAGAUAAAUAAGGCCUUUGGCAGUGCAGAUGGCCGUAAACCGUUUAUUCAAACCAACAGCAAUCGCCAAAGGUUGGGGCCUGCAGGCCUCUCUUUGCAUUAUGCAAAUAUAGUGCUCCAAAUUGAUACUCUAGUUGCCAGAUCCAGUUCCAUGCCUGCAAAUACAAGGGAUACAUUGUAUCAGAGCUUGCCUCCUAAUAUAAAAUUAACUUUGCGUUCUAAAUUACCUACAAUUCAUGUCGCAGAAGAGCUCACUGUAGCAGAUAUUAAACAGGAGAUGGAGAAAACAUUGCAAUGGUUGGUUCCAAUUGCUACAAACACAGCCAAAGCGCAUCACGGUUUUGGUUGGGUUGGAGAGUGGGCAAGCACUGGAUCUGAGCUAAAUAAGAAAACCUUGAAGACUGAUAUAAUGCGGAUUGAAACAUUUCACCAUGCAGAUAAAGAAAAGGUAGAAAAUUAUAUUCUUGAACUUCUCUUGUGGCUUCACCGCUUAGCGGUCAAAAGUAAAGCCGGAGUUGAUGUUGGAGAAACAAAGUCCGCCAUCAAGUCUCAUGUGGGCACUGUCCUGCAAAAGACAAAUCAACAAUCUACAAAUGCAGUACCGCAAUCACUAACAACCGACGAGCAGAUCAUGCUGAAGGAUGUAAGUAACAGAAUUCGUGUUAGAGGGAUCAGUAAAAGCUUGGACUUCGACAAUGUGAAGAUGGGGUUGACAGAUAACAAAAGAAUGAUCAAAAGUAGCAGUUACUCAUCAGCUAGUAGAAACAAGGAAUUAUCUUUUAACAGAAUUUGCUCUAAGCUUCCUGUGAUUGAUUUUGGUAUCGACAAAAAUAGAGCACUGGAUGUGAUUGACAGAGUGGCUGUGGCCAGAUAAUUUGCGCAGACUAUUCUUAAGCGCCUUUGAUGAAACGAUGGUAGGAAUAAGUGAACAGAAGAAUGGUACUUUUUUGUGUAAAUAUUUUACAACCAUAUUCAUGCAGCAAGUGUUGGAUGCCAGAUUUUGGAAGAUCUUCUGGCACCCUGGAUUCUUGAUUGAUUUUGGUUUUGGCGAAAUGUUGUAUCGCAUUCGCAUCAUGAUGUACAUAUUGCUUUUACCACGGAAGUUGUUGAGAUCAUAGGUUUUCUUGGCUGUAUCAAUGUGACUACAGUGUACACUUUUGUUGGAGCAGGGUGGAUUCUGUGUUUUUUUAAUUCUUUAGUGUAUAUAGACAAUGAGGAUUUGGUACCUAUAGUAGUAAAGCAUUGCAUGUAUUAUAUGAUUAUAAUUAUUUGUUUGAUUUGGUUAUCUUUACCUAUACCUAUUGGCACUUCCAAAUCUUUGUAACUACAUCUUUUUUUUAUAUUAUUGUAUGCUGUGAUAGAUAGUUGUCCAUUAAUAUGUAGAAACACUGUUGAAUAAAGAAACGAGAUUGAUGCUAUAUGUUUGUUUCA